AUGGAGCAUUCUAAGGCUACCAUUCUCAUACUCAGCCUUAUGAUCUCUAUCUCUCAAUUAGGAGUUCUCACUUACAAUGCCAUUCCAAUCAAAGAUGUUAGGUACAUGAAGUUUGUACAUAAGGCCAGUGAUUUACCAGCAAAAGAAGAAUAUGACUACAUAAUAAUAGGAGGAGGAACAGCAGGCUGCCCAUUAGCUGCAACAUUAUCAUCAAAAUUCUCAGUCCUUGUUCUGGAAAGAGGUAGUGAUCCCAACAAAUAUCCUUCUGUGUUGAAUGAACAAGGUCUAUUGAACGUUUUUGCUGCUGGAGAUGAUGGUAAAAAUCCCUUCCAACGUUUCAUCUCUGAGGAUGGAGUAGAGAACAUAAGAGCGCGGGUCCUUGGUGGCGGAAGCAUGGUUAAUGCUGGCUUUUACUCACGUGGCCAUCAACAGUUCUUUGAAACUGCAGGUGUUGAUUGGGACAUGGAAUUGGUGGAGAAGGCUUAUCAAUGGGUUGAAGAGACCGUGGCAUCUCGACCAAUUUUGAAUGCUUGGCAAUCUGCUUUUAGAAGUGCGUUACUGGAAGCUGGUGUUGUCCCUGAUAAUGGGUUUGAUUUGAGACAUCUUGUGGGAACUAAAACUGGAGGUUCCAUCUUUGAUGAUAAAGGAAAUAGACAUGGAGCUGUUGAGCUUCUUAAUAAGGCUGAACCAACAAAUAUUAAAGUUGCAAUUGAAGCCACAGUCCAGAAAAUCCUCUUCUCUGGUUUAUCUGCACGUGGGGUUUUGUAUUCUGAUUCAAAAGGGAAGUUACACAGAGCAUUCAUUCGCAAGAAAGGUGAGAUAAUUGUAAGUGCAGGAGCCAUUGGAAGCCCUCAACUUCUCCUUCUAAGUGGGGUUGGCCCAAAAUCUCAUCUUUCAUCCUUAAAACUACCUGUCGUCCUCCACCAACCGUAUGUCGGUGAAUUCAUGUCGGACAAUCCCCGUUUUGGGACAAACAUCAUCCUUCCAUUCCAAUUGGUUCCUUCCUCUGUAAAAGUUGUUGGAAUUUUACAAGACAAUAUCUAUAUACAAUCAUUUGCUAGCCCUUCACCAUUUUUUGCUCCACCAUCUUUCAGUCUUCUUCCUCCUCAAUUCAAUUCCAUUGUCCCCAGCUUAGCCAUGUUUGUUGGAAAAUUCUCGGAGGUUCAUUCUGAAGGCUCACUCCGAUUGAAUUCCUCCACUAAUGUGAAGAAGAGUCCCAUUGUUCGAUUCAAUUAUUAUUCACAUCCUGAUGAUCUUGCUCGAUGUGUUAAAGGAGUAAGAAAAAUGGGAGAUUUGCUUAAAACGCAAACCAUGGAAAAGAUUAAGACCCAUGAUUUGGAGGGUAAUAAAGGAUUUCAGUUUUUGGGGCUUCCCUUGCCGGAAAAUUUGUCGAAUGAUAGCUCCGUUGGAGAAUAUUGUCAAAAAACGGUGACUACUUAUUGGCAUUAUCAUGGAGGAUGUUUGGUCGGAAAAGUUGUAGACGGUAAUUAUAAAGUCAUCGGAAUAAAAAAUUUGCGUGUUGUUGAUGGCUCAACUUUCUCUGAGUCACCGGGAACUAAUCCUAUGGCCACCCUCAUGAUGCUUGGCCGAUAUGUUGGCCUUAAGGUACUGCAACAAAGAUCGAGUGUCAACUAA